CCCACCCACGCCUAAGUGGGUGGUCCGGGUUGUCUACGCCCACAGAACCUUCCAGUUUUGGCUCUACGGGGUGGGUGGAGGACUGAGUACUCAGAGAGCGAGUCAACAUGGCAGCGUUGUUUAGGCGAAGCUGCGGGGUCCUGAGAAAUCUUUCUCGUUUUGACUGGAGGUCACAACAUACAAAAGCUGUCGUAAAGCAUGAACAAGGAUUGGGAUUCAGUUUUGAGUUGACUGAACAGCAGAAAGAAUUUCAAGCUACUGCUCGUAAAUUUGCCAAGGAGGAAAUAAUUCCAGUUGCUCCAAAAUAUGAUAAAACUGGCGAGUACCCAGUCCCCCUAAUUAGAAGAGCCUGGGAACUUGGUUUAAUGAAUACACACAUUCCAGAAAGUUGUGGAGGCCUUGGACUUGGAAGUUUUGAUUCCUGUUUAAUUACUGAAGAAUUGGCAUAUGGAUGUACAGGAGUUCAGACUGCUAUUGAAGCCAAUUCUUUAGGGCAAAUGCCUAUUAUUAUUGCUGGAAAUGAUCAACAAAAAAAGAAGUAUUUGGGGAGGUUGACUGAAGAGCCAUUAAUGUGUGCCUACUGUGUAACAGAACCUGGAGCAGGCUCUGAUGUAAACGGUAUAAAGACCAAAGCAGAAAAGAAAGGAGAUGAGUAUAUUAUUAACGGUCAAAAGAUGUGGAUAACCAAUGGAGGAAAAGCUAAUUGGUAUUUUUUAUUGGCUCGUUCUGAUCCAGAUCCUAAGGCUCCUGCCGGUAAAGCCUUUACUGGGUUUAUUGUGGAAGCAGACACCCCAGGAAUACAGAUUGGAAGAAAGGAGUUAAAUAUGGGCCAGCGAUGUUCAGAUACAAGAGGAAUUGUCUUUGAAGAUGUGAGAGUGCCUAAAGAAAAUGUUUUAAUUGGUGAGGGAGCUGGUUUCAAAAUUGCAAUGGGAGCUUUUGAUAAAACCAGACCUCCAGUAGCAGCUGGUGCUGUGGGACUAGCACAGAGAGCUUUGGAUGAAGCUACCAAGUAUGCCCUGGAGCGGAAAACUUUUGGAAAGCUGCUUGUAGAGCACCAAGCAGUAUCAUUUUUGCUGGCUGAAAUGGCAAUGAAAGUUGAACUAGCUAGAUUAGGUUACCAGAGAGCUGCUUGGGAGGUUGAUGCUGGUCGCCGAAAUACCUAUUAUGCGUCUAUUGCAAAGGCAUUUGCUGGAGAUAUUGCAAAUCAGUUAGCUGCUGAUGCUGUGCAGAUUUUUGGAGGCAAUGGAUUUAAUACAGAAUAUCCUGUAGAAAAACUAAUGAGGGAUGCCAAGAUCUAUCAGAUUUAUGAAGGUACAGCACAAAUUCAAAGGCUUAUUAUAGCUCGUGAACACAUUGGCAAGUAUAAAAAUUAACAGGAUUGCUAUAGAGCCCUUCGUGGUGUGGCUCAGUUGGUUAGAGCUUUGUCUAGUACACCAAAAGUUCCUGGGUUUGAUCCCUAAUUGAGGCACAUUCAGGAGUCAACUGAUCAAUGUUUCUGUUUCUCUUUCUCUCUCUCUGUCUCUCUCUCCUCCUUUCUAAGUAAUAAAAAUUCUUCCAAAAAAAUUUCUUGGGAAAAAAUUACUAUGGAAACAUGAUUAAUAGAACAUAAUCCACUCUAAGCUAAAGAAAGAAGAAAGGGCUUCAAGAUUUUUCACAGUGAAAAUCUUAAAAGAAGUGCUCUUAACUAAACAUAUGCAACUAACUCUAAUAGUAAUUUUACCUCUGUUUAACUUUAUGACUUGCCUUUCCUCAAAUAUAUUUGGUUUCAUUAAAACUAUGUGUUGUUCUUAGUACCUCUGUACUUGGAUUAUAUUAACCUUGAAAAAUACAUUUGUUAUUUUGACCUUUUGAAAUUAAGAGAAAUUCCUUGGAAUGUCAAUAUUUUCCCAAUGACAAAAAAGUGGGUUGAUAAAAGUAUUCAGGAUGUUUUAAAAUUUACAUUGAGAAAAUAUGGUGGGAUGUGGAUGCCAUUAAAUAAUUUGCCAGUGACUUGUAGAUUUACUGAUAUUGUAGUAGAGUAGUUCAUUUGGCUACAAUUUGGAAGGCAUUUGUUUUCAGUUUGUACAGUAAUAGCAAAAAAUUUGAUGUUUAUAAUCUCCCAUUUUGCAAUCAGAAGUUACUUGAAAAUCUGUUUAAUUUUGAGCCAUUUAACAUACCUUAUUUAAAAUCAAUCAGUAAAAUUUGCUUUAAAUUAUUUUUAUAUGACUUUAUUGGACUGUGGGUAGCUUUUGGUGUCUUGUACACAAUCUCAUUUCAUCUGCAUACAUUCUGAAAAGAAACCUAAAUAAAAGCGUGGAGUUCUUAUUAGUGUAUCUGUAUUCUUUCCAGGGAGUUGUAUUACUUCAUGUAAUAGUGGCUACCUAAUUUAUAUACUAUGAUGGGGAAAAAGUCAUGUUUUGAUUUUGAACUGCAUAGUUACCUGCCCAUUUUUCAUGAGAUUAAAUUAUGAGACACCUCAGAAAAUAAAAAUAAAAAUAAUGUAAGAACCAAUAUUCAUGGCCCUGACUGGGGUGGCUUGGUUGGGUGUUGUCUUGCAAAGUAAUAAGUUGCUCAUUCUAUUCCAUGACAGGGCACAUGUCUGGGUUGCGGGUUUGGUCUCCUGUCAGGGCUCUGUACCAGAGGCAACUGAUCAGUGUUUCUCUCUCACAUCAAUGGUUCCUGGCCAGGAAACAUGCCUGGGUUGUAGAUCAGGUUGCUGUUUCUCUCCCUCUCUUUCUCCCUCCCUUCCCCUCUCUAAAAAUAAAAUCAUCUUACAUGAAAUAUAAUAAAA